AUGGCCGGGCCGCUUCCGGCGCCGGACUUAGCUGAAUUUCCGCCGUUGGGGGAUAAAGACAGCGCGAGCAAUCCAGUCAAGGGGGUAAAGAAGCCGUCGUGGGUCGCUAUGGCUCAAUCGGGCUCUGUUUUGACAGAACACGUUCUGCAGUAUGGUUCAGAAGAAGGGAAGAAUUUUGUUGAGGUUCCGGAUGGAGUAAUCGAAAACAUGGUACCUCUAUGGGAGGAUCUAAUUGAAGGGAAAUUCAUGGAUACUGCACCUCACGUUGCAAAGAUUCAUGCCAUUGUGAACAAAAUUUGGCCUUUGGGUAAUCAAUCUAUAAGAAUAGAAGUAUUUGAAGUAGAUUCGACUACCGUAAAGUUCAGAAUAAAGGAUGCGAAUAUACGUGCUCGGACCCUGCGACGCGGAAUGUGGAACAUAGCAAAUAUCCCCAUGGUUGUAUCAAAGUGGUCUCCGGAAGAGGAGGAGGAAGUGGUGGAGAUCACAACGAUACCCAUGUGGGUUGUCUUAAAACACGUUCCAAGACAAAUGUUCUCAUGGAAGGGUUUGGGAUUCAUCGCUAGUGCAGUGGGGAAGCCUACAAGAUUGCAUCCAGAUACAAUUCUCUGUAAGAGCUUCGAGGAAGCAAAAGUAUUUAUAGAAGUUGAUGUGACGAAGGAGCUACCGAAAUCUCAUCACUUCAGGUCAAAACUAGGAGUUGAAGCUGAUGUUACUUUUGUCUACCCUUGGCUACCACCAAAGUGCAAUAUCUGUACCAAAUGGGGCCACUCGGGGAAAACUUGUGGAAGUAAAAAAAUUCGUUUGUUAAAAAAGACAGAUGGAGCAAUGGAGACGGUUGGUGAAGAAUCUAAUCAAGAGAAACCGAUCACUGAAAUGACUGAAGCAUCCUCUGUUUUGGCCAUUGUACCCGAAGGAGAUGAGGAGACAAACAGUGUUGGAGAAGCAAUACUAACUGAGACAGUAGCAACAAGUGAUGUGGAGAAAACAGUGGAGGUAGUAGGUGAGAAAGGAGAUGGAGGAAGUAAGCAGAAGGAAGUGGGUAAAGAGAGAGAGGAAGUUGCAGAAGCCCAGUUGAAUAAGUUGACUGAUACAGACAAGGAAAACUGGUCAAAUGUAUCACCAACUAAGCAAGGUCGUUCAACAUUGAAAGCAACAAAGGAGGACAGCAUCACUAGCUCGCCUUCCGGGUUUGCCGUUCUGGAGAAUGAACAAGAGGAGUCUGGAACUGUUUCACAUACUGAAGAAGAUAGUGAAGAGGGGGGGAUACUAGAGGAUCAAUCCCGUGGGGAUGCUGAAAAGCAUAACAAUAUAGAGAAAUCAAAACAGGAGAUAGGAGAUGGUCAGAAUGCUCGGAGAGUAUCUACACGACACUUGAAAAGUACAACCAGAACCGCAUCAGAAGUGAAGUCCCAAAGUACAAGCAACUUAGCAAGCAAAGAUUUCAAAUUUGGAGGGUUGUUGGAAACAAGAGUAAAGGAGAGCAAAAGUGAGAGAAUCUUAUCUACAGUUUUCAGAGACUGGAGUACGAUUUCAAACUAUGAGUUCAAUACGCUGGGGAGAAUUUGGCUUGUGUGGAGCUCGGAUGUUCGUGUAACACCUUUUUUCAAAAGUGGGCAGAUCAUCACAGUAUCCAUAUCGAUAGAGGGAGCAGAGGAAUUCUUCUAUUCCAUUGUGUAUGCCUCUAACGAUGCAGAAGAAAGAAAGGAACUUUGGAAGGACCUGAAACUACACCAAGAUUCACCUAUUAUUCGACAUAAGCCUUGGAUAGUGGUUGGUGAUUUUAAUGAAACUUUGGAUAUGGAGGAUCAUUCUUCUCAUGAGACUGCUCCUAUGGUUACUCAAGGAAUGAGAGAAUUUAAUGAAGUCGUGCAAUAUUGCUCCUUCUUGGACUUGCCAGCGCAUGGACCUCAUUACACUUGGUGUAAUAAGAGAUCAGAGGGUCUUAUAUCGAAGAAGAUAGACCGGGCUCUCUUCAAUGACCACUGGUUAGCUGCUGAUCCUCAGUCAUACGCUGUAUUUGAAAGUGGGGGAUGCUCUGAUCAUCUCCGCUGUCGCAUACAAAUCAAAUCAGAGCUUGGCCGUCCUAAAAGACCGUUUAAGUUUGUUAAUGCAAUUACACAUUUGGAGGAGUUUUCCCCGGCAGUGGGUCAGUAUUGGGAGUCAACUGAACCCAUAUUCCUCUCUACAUCUUCUCUGCACAGAUUUUCUAAAAAGCUCAAGGGAUUAAAGCCGGUGAUCCGUGACUUGGGGAAGAAGAAACUAGGGAACCUAUCGGUCAAGGCUAAAGCUUCUCUUGAAGAUUUGUGUCUUAAGCAAGAAGAGAACAUGAGAAAUCCAAGUGAUCAGAACAUGGAGGGUGAGAGUACUGCGUAUAAGAGAUGGGAUUUUAUUUCUGGCCUAGAGGAAAGCUUUCUCAAGCAGAAGUCGAAGAUGCAUUGGCUAGAUGUUGGUGAUAGGAAUAACAAAGUAUUCCAUCGGGGUGCAACAAUGCGUGAAAUUGCAAACACCAUAAAGGAGAUAAAAUGUCCCACUGGUAUUAUAGUAACUUCGCAGGAGGAAAUUAAAAUUGAGGCAGAGAGGCACUUUCGUGAGUUUCUGCAGCACAGGCCAGAAAGCUAUGAGGGUAUUGAGGUAGCCGAACUUCAAAAUCUCCUAUCCUACCAGUGUACUGAUAUGGAAAAGGAGAAUCUAACCAAGGAAGUUACUUCUGAUGAGAUCAAGACAGUGCUGUUCGCGAUGCCUAAUGAGAAAUCACCGGGGCCAGACGGCUAUACUACAUAA